UCCAUCCUCCGCACACUCCCACUCCGCACCCUCAUGGACACCCAGUCAUUCGAACGAGGCCGCUUCUACGUCUCUCCGAACGGCUACCCCCGCUUCGCUGGCUCCGCUUCUGGCGUCUACCUUGCUGAUACUGUGCGAGCACAGGCGGACGCAGGCGCGCCCGCCAUCGAGACAGCCUUCACAUCCCGCGCAGCCGAUGAACCCGACGAGACCGACAUCUACCAGCACUUUAGCCUGCGCGCGUCCGAUCUCCUCGCCACCGGAUUGCGAGCGGCCCUCGAGAACUACUUCGAGGCAUGGCACCCGCUCUUCCCCUUCCUCGACGGCGCAUAUAUUCUCUCGGCGUUCGAGAGCGGCGUAUUGUCUGCUAUGGAAGGCUCUGAAAGUCCCGUCUUUUCCCGCUCCCAUGCCGAGAGCUUGGCUUUGACUGCUGUCUUCAAGAGCAUCGUCGCGAUCGGCGACACAGAUGGGGCUGUGACACGCGCUGGUUUUCCUCGCCUUAGCUCGACAAGUCAGGCCACAAUGCUCGCACACCUUGUGCUUGGUGCAUGUCAGGGCGGCAGCAUCAGCGACCUCCUCGCAAUACAGGCUCUCGUCGCACUUAUGCUGUUCAUGUACCUAACCCGUCGCCUUCGCCCAGCCAUGCACCUCAGCGGGACCGUCACUAAGCUCGCCUUCGAGGCCGGUCUUCACCGCUGCCCUGACCGCUAUCCCGGAACCUUCGCGUCUGCGACCGAGCGCGAGAUGCGCAAACGCGUAUUCUGGUCCCUGUACACCCUCGAUCGACUGCUCACGGCCGAGUUCGGAGUGCCUAUUAUGUUACACGACACGGACGUCGACACAUGCGUUCCAGGAGGAAGCGAGCGGCAUCCACUCUGUCCACCGAGCCCUGAGGAUCACCCAGCACGAGACGACAAGGACUCCCCAGACGACAGGCGGAAACGGCGACGAGUCACCGCAUCGCCUCAUGGUCCGGGAAGAUCAACCUCGCCGCAAAUCGAAGCCGCUAAUACACCAUCUGGACUGAGUCAUCAACCACCAGAGCCGCAGAGGCAACGUCUUCUCCCAGCGUUCUCACUGGUUGGUAUCUCAAGGCUCAUGGGCCAAGCCAUGGAAGCGUUCAACAAGAGUCUGCGCUACCGCUCGAUACAAGCUCAAGAGACGCUCCAACUCCGCACGGAGCUUGAGCGCUGGUGGAACGACAUCGGUUUCGACGAUGACGGAGAGGCCACUCCCGAUGCUGACGACGCCCGCUCGCCGUACAAAACCCUCUUCAUCUGCCUGUACAGGCAGCAGGUUAUUGCGCUGUCGCGCCCAGCUCUCUCCCUUGCCCCGACGGCUCUCCAACACACCUACGCGCUAGAGACGUGUGUUGCGAGCGCGCGUGUGAUUCUGCGCACGCUCUCCCGCGAGUUCGAUGGGCCGCGACGUAAAGCCGCCGAUUGCUGUGGACUAGCAGGCAGGACGGAGAGCCUCAUGUGGCCCGGCUACGUCGACAUGGUAUUCUUUGCCGCGCUCAUCCUUGUGUACGCCGCCAAGCGCGAGGAGCGGGAUUCGGUUACGAUACAGCGGCUCAAGAGUGACCUGCGUCGGGCGGUAAGGGUUAUCGAGAUUCUGGGGAAGCAUUGGAACAUCUCAUCAUUCGUCAUGGCCGUGCGUGCCUUCCUUGAUCCUCCCAAAGACGCGUCGGCCACCGGCGGUGAGGAGCUUCUCGACACGUUUCUCUUCGACUUUGAUUCGUUUGAGCUCAACUGGGCCGUGCACCAAAGCUUGCCCCCGAGUCCGAAGUAGGGUGGUGCCCUCCUCCUUUGCGACGCCUUCUCGCCUCAGGAUGUUAGCGACUCGUCCGUCAAGCGACAAGCCCUCGACGCGGCGCCGCCUAAUGAUGCGCUCCGUGAAAUGAUACCAUCAAGCCGCCCCAAUGCCUCGUCCCCACCCGUGCCUCAUGGCGUGGGGCUACAGAGCGGGUGGUUGUGUGGACCAAGGUGGAGGGUAUAAGGAGCGCUGCGCAGUUGUCCUACCUUGUUGAGUAUCUACAACCCUGCACUCGUCUUUGGUUCUU